AUGAUUGAAUUAGAAUGGGUGAGGAAUGAGGAGACUGAUCAUACAAGGGGGGAACUAGGACAAUACUCAGAAACUGGUGAAAAGGGGGAUGAGGUACCCAUCCAUUUAAAUUCUAUUGCAGCAGAAAAGAGAAUCAGAGGAAGAGCUAUGUGUCUGGAGGGAUUCAUUGACAGGAUGCCAAUCCAUGUGUUUAUUGAUUCAAGGGUAGACCAGAAUUUCCUAAACCCAAGCAUGGCUCAAAGAUUAGGAAAAGUUAUCAAUCCCAAAGAUACAGAGAAGGUAGUAGUCGCUACUGGCAAUACCUACGAUAAGUGUUUUCAAAGGCAUGCCUAA